GCUGAGGUCAGCGCCUUUCCCAUUCCAAACACCCAGAAACAUCAGUGGGAAGGGAGGGGAUUCAGAUUACAACCUUCCCGUCCUCCCCUUCCACCCCACUCGCCCCGCUCGCCGCAGCCGGCGAUGCGCUGAGCCCCUUCUCGCCCAGGACACCGCUGCCACCGCGGCCCCCGCACCCCGAGAGCGCGGCGGCGAUGGAUGGAGGUGCCCGGCAGCAUCGCCAACGGGCCGGCAGGCGCUGGGCGUGCUGAAGGGCAGAGGUUUGGUCCUCUCCUCCUCCUCCUCCUCCUCUUUGUCCCCCCCCCCGCCCGCCUUCUCCCUCGUCCCCUCCAUCCUGAAUGUGAUUUAUCCCCAGCCCUCGCCAGCGAGCCAGGCCGGUGGCGUGGGCUGGCCAGAUGGCUCCUCGUGGGACUUUCGGCCGGCCAGGCCGGGGGCAGCGAGCGGGCGGGGGGCAACGUGCCCCCCUGGGCGUCCCCCCGCUCCUCCUGCCUUUGCUGGCGGCGGCAGCGGCCGGGCUGAGCCUGCAGGCGGGCAGGACGCAGCACUUGGGGGUCUGCCCCAACCAGCUGAACCCCAACCUGUGGGUGGACGCCCAGAGCACCUGCGAGAGGGAGUGCCAGGCUGACCAGGACUGCGAAGGCUUUGAGAAGUGCUGCACCAACGUGUGCGGGCUGCGGAGCUGCGUGGCCGCCCGCUUCGCCGACGGCAGCCUCCCGGCGCUGGCACUGGCGCCCGCCGCCUCCUGCGAGAGCUUCGUGUGCGCCCAGCAGGGCUCCGACUGCGACAUCUGGGACGGGCAGCCCGUCUGCAAGUGCAAGGACCGCUGCGAGAAGGAGCCCAACUUCACCUGCGCCUCCGACGGCCUCACCUACUACAACAAGUGCUACAUGGACGCCGAGGCCUGCCUGCGCGGCACCCGCCUCACCACCGUCCCCUGCAAGCACAUCUUCACCUGGCCCGACACCAGCCCCGUGCCCCAGGAGACGACGGCGCGCCCCACGCCGGGGGCCGGCCCCGAGGUGCCGGUGCCCCCCGCGCUCUACAGCAACCCCUUCCACCAGUCAGUGCGGGCCGGGGGCACCGUCAGCUUCCGCUGCGACGUCAGCGGCCGCCCCCGGCCCGACAUCACCUGGGAGAAGCAGAGCGAGCGGGAGGAGAACUUCAUCAUGCGGCCGGACCAGAUGUACGGCAACGUGGUGGUCACCAACAUCGGCCAGCUGGUCAUCUACAACGCCCGCCACGAGGAUGCUGGCAUCUACACCUGCACAGCCCGCAACGCCGCCGGGCUGCUGCGCGCCGACUUCCCGCUGUCGGUGGUGAGGAGGGAGCCGGGGGGCGCCCCGCGGGCCAGCAGCCCCCAGCCCUUCCCCAGCGCCGAGUGCCUGAAGGAGCCGGACCGGCGGCGCUGCGAGGCCCUGGAGGUGCGCUGGCACUUCGACGCCAAGCAGGGCUCCUGCCUCACCUUCCGCUACGGGGGCUGCGGGGCCAACAGGAACCAUUUCGAGACCUACGAGGAGUGCCGGGCCGCCUGCCUGGGCAGCGCCCGCCCCACCUGCCUGCUGCCCAUGGUGCAGGGGCCCUGCCAGAACUGGGAGCCCCGCUGGGCCUACAACCACCUCCUCAAGCAGUGCCACUCCUUCGUCUACGGCGGCUGCGAGGGCAACACCAACAACUUCGAGAGCAAGGAGACCUGCGAGGACGUCUGCCCCUUCCCCAAGAGCCUGCAGUGCAAGGCCUGCCGCCUGAAGAGCAAGAUGGUGCUGAGCCUCUGCCGCAGCGACUUCGCCAUCGUGGGCCGCCUGAUGGAGAUCGUGGAGGACCAGGACUCCGGCAUCGCCCGCUUCGCCCUGGAGGACGUCCUCAAGGACGAGAAGAUGGGCCUCAAGUUCUUCAACAUCAAGUACCUGGAGGUGACCUUGACCGACAUGGACUGGAGCUGCCCCUGCCCCAACAUGACGGCGGAGGACGGGCCCCUCAUCAUCAUGGGCGAGGUGCACGACGGCAUGGCCACGCUGGACCCCAGCAGCUACGUCCGGGCGGCCAACGACAAGCGGGUGAAGAAGAUCUACGAGCUGAUGGAGAAGAAAACCUGCGACCUCCUCAACCGCUUCCAGGACUAGGGGAGAGCCGGGACGUGCCAACGGCGGAGGGUGGGGGGGCUGCAGACCCAUCACGGUGGGGGUCUCCACACCAGUGCUUGUAUCUAGGGGUUACCACUCUCAGGUAGCUCCCUCCCAGCCCCGUGCUGAGCCCCAGCCCAGCUCCCACCUCCCCUGUAAUUUAUCUGCUGCAUGUCCCCCCCCCUCCCCGUGUA